AUGCCCCGCGCAAUCAGAGGCGUACUGAUCGAAUGCGAUCCUUCCAUCAAAUCCAUCAUAGUCAACAUCGAUAGCGUCAAUCACGACUUCAUCAUCGAGGAUCUAGACGAGGAGCGUGUCGUGGUGAAGGAAAACAUGGUUCAAUUGCUCAAACAGAAACUCGAGGACCGCCUGAAGGAGAAUCUUCCUCCUGUCGACGAGUCUGGUUCCGAAUAA